AUUCAUUACUUCAGAAUAUCACAUUAAAAAUGGAGUAUACCCAAGAUUCUUAUGUACCGGUACUCCUAUUCUAAUUCUAAUUAAACUUUCUUCAGUUGUCAACACAAUUAUGGAUACUUCAAGAUCGCCCUUGACUCCUAGAGGGGACAAAAGGGUGAUAUUCCUUGCCAAACAAAUAUCGGAAAGUAAAGACAGAAAAGUGCCUAGUAUUCUUUUGGCACUAAGACGUAAGAAAGACAUGUCAUUCAUUAAAAAAUUAUAAAUUAAAUUAAUCAUAAAUUAAUUAUAAGUAAAUAAAAUAAUUAUCGGGCAGUAGGUUUGAAGUUCAAAUCUUAGUCGUACUAGUAAGAGUGUGGCUAAUAUAAUAAUAAUAUUGAUUAUUUAUCCUGCACUAUAUCACUAGGCACUAGGUUUGAAGUAGGUAGUCCAAACUAAAGAAAAAAUGCGUUUUAGGGUCAUUUUUCGAAGUUUUCAAAAAAAUAAUUAAUCCUCUUCUAGUAGCGAUACAGCAAUAAAAUUUAUAUGUGAAUAAAGUUUAAGUCUUUAUCUGGCGAAAUGUGUUACUUGCAUGACUGUAACAUGUGUUUGAAAGUGUUUUUUCUGUGUUUGAAAAGUAUCAGUUUUGACCAAUUUUACGGCGUUUUUGCGAGUACCGGUUUACCCCAAGGUGUUUCAAACGCCCACGGCUACGCGUCUAUUUAAGUUAUCGCAAUAAUUCUACCACCAUAAGAAAGAGCAGAUGCUGUCCUUUCGUUUGAUGCAUAGAAAGUUUAUCUACCUUGCUUAUUUCAUUUUGAAAAAGCCGGUUGAAAACUUUCGUAUUAAAAAAAUGGUCGAAAACAUGGAGAUAUUAGGACACUCUUUACACCGUUGGAAAGAUCAGGUCUUUAACUAUUUAAUAUCACGAGAUCAAAUGAGUGGGCAUGAUUGACGCGUAGCAGCGAUGUUUACAAAAACACCCCCAUUUCCAGUUCCACACCGCUAGCACUAGACGCCUAACGCGCGCUUGGUGACUAGUACUAGUACCAGCGUUAUGGCGGUUGCUUUUUUAGCCAUGUUGGGGCUUUUAAUCAACAAGUAAGUAAUAUAAUUAAAUUUUCAUAUAAUGUAUUAGUAUUAGUGAAUGUAAAUGUUGAUUAGAAGUGAGUUAAACUUAAUUUGGUGUCGUCAGCUAUAUUAGAUAUAUUUUAACGAAUUGUAGCUAUUGUGAACUUGACUAGGAGAUAUGUUGCCGAUCGGACCAAAUGUAUUUAAUUGAGGACAGUCUAGCGAUAAAAAAAAUUGAUAGACAUGUCGCAGACAUGUUAAUGUUUGAUCUUUCUUAUAUUUUAUAAAUUCAAUUUUAAAAUAAAGAUAGUAUUGUUGAUUUCAAAGAGGGUUUCUGUCCGAUCGAGAAAAUAAAAAUGGAUGCCGGCGAGUAAACAUUGGGGUGGACCGACUUAAAUUUUUAUCUGGGGUAGGAGGGUUCAAGUGAAUAAAACAUUAUACACAGCAAAAUAAUUAAACAAAUAAUUUGUAAGCUUAUCUUGACAAUGAGAUUGUGAAGCAUUUAUUAAAACUCAAUGAAACGUAUUUCUGAGUUAGAAUUGUUUCAAUAUUAUUUCAUCUUAUACUCACUAGUACUACCGGUACCUAAGGCCUAUUGAAAUGGACUCGCCCAGUUCUCUCAAUAUUUAGUUUUUAUAUUACACCUAUGAAUACUUAAAACAAUGUUGUAUGCUCUCUAAGUUUAAUUGUUCAUUCCACAGCGGAGACCCUGGGUGCAACAUUGUGGCUAGAGUUGACAAUUGCUAUUGAUAAUGCACUUAUCAAGCUACUGGGGAAUAAGACCAACAAGAUUACAAAUUGGUUACAGAAGCUUACCCAGUCACCCCCCAGUUGAUAGACCAGGCAUUUCCCUGACAAUUUAAUUAAAAUGUAUGCUCAAUUGCUUUAUAUUUUUGACAAUACUCUGCAUUGAUAUUUUUUUUUAUUAGUCUUUUAAUUAAUAGUAAACACAUCUGACAUCAUAUUCCUUUGAUUUUAUCACAAUUAUGUGAUAAAAUGCAUUUUCUAAUCAAAUUUUUUAAACCUUCAUUUUAAAAAAAAACGCUAAGUGAGUACUUUUAGACUUAUUUUAGUGCCUUUAAGUGUUUAUUGAUGAUGUUAAGGCAUACUGCAUGUUGUUCUGCUUAAAAUUAUCUUUAAUUUGAUGUAUGACAUAUUUAUGUAAGUCAAUAACAGAAAUUUUAACAAAUUUUUGAAAAUGUGUAUUUUUACACUUUUCCUGUCAGAAAAUAAAAAUGACUAAAAAUCAUUAUUGUUAUUUUUUAUUUUUUAAUAACUUAAGAAUUAAUAGAUCUGGCUGCUUGAAAAAAAUUGGGCUUAAAUAUUGUAAACUUUGGAGCACAUAUACCAAUUCCUGGAAUUCUCUGUUGAUUAUUUUAGAAAAUAUAGGUCCUUAAACAUGGGACUUUUUCACAAGGUAAAAAAAUCCAUUUUUGGUCGAUUUUCAGCAAAUUUGAAAAUCGCAUAACUUUUUUGUUUAUUGAGAUAACUACAUGAAAUAAGUGGCCUAUAUCUUAGAAUAAAAAGUUCUAUUGGUGAAACUCACCAAAUAUGUCUGCUAUGUAUAGAAAAUUUUAGUUUGGACUACCUAUUUGAAGUUUAAAUUUAAAUCUAAGUCUAAGACUAAGUCUUACUAGUAGUAAGAACGUGGCUAAUACUAAUAAUAAUAAUAUUGAUUAUUAAAUAGCCCACAUAUUAAAUAAAUUAAAAAUACUAAUAAUUACUAACACUCUACUCUAGGUCUACGUACUUCACUAAAAAUUUCAAAGUUGUCAUAUAUUAUAAUUAAACUUAUAAUACUAAGACUUAUACUUAUAUUUAUAUCAUUAGAAAGGACUCAGUAUUUCCUUUCCAGUGAAACCAAGUUUAUUUUUCUAUCACUAUCUUAAUUAGAAAAAAAGUUAUUGCAUUUUUAGUGUCAGAAUUGUUCUUUAAUUAUAUAGUCUAUAUAAUAUGAAUAUAGUAUAUAGCCUUAGUAAAUAAUUUACAAAAGUCAAGUCUGUGAUCGAAAAAAUACACCCUUGACAUUCAAAAUGCUGAUAACUUUUUAGUCAGCAAAGUUAAAGUUAAAGCCUUCAAAUUUCCAAUGCAUAUCAAUUACCUAUUGGGCUUUAAUAAUAAAUCAUUGUUAUGCAAAUACUACUAUAAACAAUAAAUAUUAAUGCGUGGGACUUGAACAACAGAGGGUACGUAAAUUUCAUUAAAAAUGUAUUUUUUCGAUCACAGACUUUUGGAAAUUAUUUACUAAGGCUAUAUAAUUAAGGAAAAAUUCUGACACUAAAAAUGCAAUAACUUUUUUCUAAUUAAGAUAGAAAAAUAAACUUGGUAUCACUGGAAAGGAAAUACCGAGUCCUUUCUAAUGAUAUAAGUUUCAUUAACAUAAUAUGACUACUUUGAAAUUUUUAGUGAAGUACCUACUAACACCUAGCCCACUAUAUAUGUAGGCUAGCCUUAACCUUAGUAGUUUAUUUUAAACCCCAUGCCCACUCUUUUUUUUAACCCCCACCCCCCCCUUUUUUUCCAGAUCCCCCCAUUUCCCCCCCCCCCCCCCCCAUAAAUUCUAGAAAUAACAAAAUAAGCAAAUUGCAAGCAAAAUGCCAGAAAUUUUUUAUGACUAAAAUGAAAAUGUGCUAAUUAUUGUAAGCAAAAAAAUAUAUUUUUGUUUUAAAUAAUCAGGGCUAGUUUUGUAAAUUUGAAAUUGUGCAAAUAUAUGAAUAUGAAUUAUAUUAUUAUUAUAUGGGGAAAAAAUUUAUUUAACGUUGCUCUCUACCACUCCACCCCAUCAUAAAGCACAAUAAAUAUAUAUAUAACAAAAUUAUAAAACUUGUAUCAAAUAAACACAGAGCCCAAAAAUUGAAAUUGAAAGCUUUUGAAUAUGGAACUAUGGCCAGUAGUUGACUUGGGUUACCUCUAUGACCUAUAUACUGUGGAAGACAUCCCCAGCUGUACUGCCAACCCAAUCCUACCCAAAAAUGAAAUAACACAAUUAAAAUAAUAUGUAAUUAAUCCCAAUUAGCAUCACAAUAAUAUUUCUUUACAAAUUUAUAGUGGGGAAAAACGUAUAGCUUAAGUCUAAGUAGUCUAUGUUUCAUUUAAUUUUAUUAUGACGUUAGAAGCAGCACAUUUAAUUUAAUCUUGCAAACAACGAUGCACACAGGCAGAUAUUAAAUAAGCGCUAAGUGACUAGUUUUGAAAAUAUUUAAAUUUAUAGAAAUAAUUUGAGUAAAGAUCUAAGGCAGCUAGAAUCAAAAGGUUUAUAAGUUUUCAUUAACAUUUGAACUAGUAAUAAACAGUAAUUUCAUGGUUUGUCAUAUUGUCUGAAAGAGUACAUUUUCUAUUUUUAGGUAUGCUUGAAAUCAAAACUAUGAUUAUGCAUGGCAAGUGAGCUCUUCCUUUAGUUUUGUUUGAUUGCAACAUUUAAAUUUAGGGUUAAUUUCAACAAUAUUUAGGGUUAAUUUCAACAAUAUUUGAUUCUCCCAGCCCUUCUGUUGGAAUCACCAGCAUCAACUCAAGCGGGAGUAAAACUGAGACAAGAAAUAUGGGAAUACAACUUACUUAGAGUUCUUGUGCUAGUUUUAAAGCAAGAUUACAGUAUUAUUGAUGGACAAUGGGAGACUGCUGCAGAACUUGCCAUGGUUCUCAGGUAAGGCCAUGUAUAUGUUGACUUAAGUUUACCAAAAACUAUUUCAAUAAGCAAGUAUUUUAUUUUCUUCACCACUCAAGAAAAUAUAUCCAAUUUCGGAGGAAUGCUGAGUUCACAGAAUGUUACAUUUUGUUUGUUAAAAGUUAUUAGGAACUACCGAAUAUGGGAUUAUAUUAUAAACAAUACACGUAAAAGAUCUGCAAGUAAAGUGGGUUGGAGAGGGGGAAAAUAAUUUGCCAGUGUUGCAUUUUUUUUCAGUGUCGCAUUUAUUUUAUGGGCCAAAAUAGCAUCAUUGAUGGAUGGCUCCAAACUAUUAUAAACCUUUCUUUUAUUAUCUUUAUAUUUUUUAAAAUAUAGCAAUGCAACUUGUGGUUUGAAUCUCAAAAAUGUAGAACAACAUCAGUUAGAAAAAGACCAUCUGCCAAAGUGUGUUGAAAAUAUUUUAUUGCUUGCUCGGCAUCUAUGUACCAUCAUGUCAGACACACCAUUAACACAGGUGAAUAACAGUUAUUUCUAUUGAUAGACAUCUAAAAAUUUUAUUAUAUUUUCUUGAAUCUAUUUCCCUAGAGCUCCUUCCCCGGGCUCCUGUAAUAUUUCCUCUCAUUCUCAAGUUUUAUGCACUUUUAUUUUUUUUUUUACUACUCAGAAAAAAGAGAGUUCACAACUAGCCAUCUCUUUCAAGGUGGUUUUAGAUGCAUUAGUCCGCUUGUGUUCAGGAUACACAUUCAUGACACCAUCGGGUAAUGUAAAUUUUAUUAACUAUUAUAUUUGAAAUUUGACAACCCAUUCAGCUACUUAAUUCAUUAACAGAGACAUAAAAAAAUUUAAGUUUAAAUCUGCUUCCAGAACAUUCAAUUCUUUUCUUGCUACCUUUGAGCAAUGCUAAAUUGAUAGUCUAUACAUAAUGCUCAUCCCUUCUCUUAUGUGCAUACAUCCUUUCAUUUUAAUAAUAGUUUAAAUUAAUUUAAUGACACACAUUUAUUAUUUACUUGAGGGAUGACGGAAUGUCAAUGCAUUUGUAAAACAAUUACACAAAAACACCAUAGAUGAUGUUUCUCAUUAAUUUUUUGCAUGCAUCCCUUCAUCCCAGCCAUAUCAUCUCAAUGGCUCCUACAACUACUUGUUUCUGACAAUGCUGUGGUCACAAAUAUCACCAUGGAAACUAUUGAAAAGUUUCUCAGAUUGGAUCCGUAAGUUUUUGUUUUCCAAUAAAAUUUGAAUCUUGCUCAGUUAACUUUUGAUGAACUGAAAGAUAAAAUCCUAUUAGCGUAAAGCUGAAGAUGCUUUCACUUUCUCAUCCACAUCUUCAGCAUUAAAGUAUAAGUGCCGUAUUAUUUCUCUAAGCAUGGUUAUAAAGAGGAGAGACUGCAAUCUGGUAAGGUAAAAAGAAAUAAUCAAAAGAAAAGUAUGGGUAAAUCUGGAGAAAAAAAAGGACGCAACAAAACAACAAAUGUGUCGGCAUGAAGUUGAAGCCAUCUUCAGCGAAAAAACAAUGGUAAAAACUAUAUAAAUAAAAAUAAACAUUUAGCUGCAAUGUAGUAUCUGAGAAGACAGCAAGAAGAAUGUGAUAGAACAUUAGUAGGUGAGAGAGUUAAUAUAGGAAAAAUCGGACAGAAGAUAGUAAACUAAGUCCACUGCCAUUGGUUGUAACAAGAGUGGGGCAGAGAAAAGGUUUAACAAAUGAAUGAGAACAUGACAUUCAUGCCAUGUGGUGUCAAGGUUCCAUAAGUCUAAAUCAGUUUUUUUUUAGAGUUUACCCAGUUUGGCGUGUUGUUACAAGACACAAUUGCGGUGAUAGCAAAAUCCCUUGAGCCCUUGUAGUCACUUCUAUUGAAGUGUCUUAAGAUGGGACACUGCCAAUCUCACCCAAUAUUACGAAGGUGUUCAUUACAUCUGUCCUAGAGGCUGCGUCCAGUCUCAUCUAGAUACGUCAACUGACUUCUUGCCGUCAUGUUCGUUGUUUUAUUACAUCCUUUUCCCCCCAGGUUUUUCCAUUCUUUACCUCUAAGCAUGACAUUCAAUGGCCAUUAGUUUUAUUUCAGUGUAAUCAAGCUAAUGAGGUAUGAUGUUUGUGUAUCUUAGAAAAUCUAAAUGUUAUUCUCAAGAAGAAAAAGAGUACCUGUAACUGUAACAAAAUUUUUUUAUAGAUUUGUUUUCAACCUAUUUCUUGUUCACCAGGAAUCUACUGAGCACCAUUGAGGAAAAUACAGUUUUCACUUUGUUGGAUGAGCUGAUUUACAAACUGACUGUAAACACUGAUAGAUCAAUAGCUGUGUGAGCAGAAUGAGUUUAUAACAAAAACAUUAUUGCUACAUAUUUCAAACUAGCUGUCUUGGUCAACAACUUGGGCGAAUGAAAGACUGUGAUUUCUUUUUUACUGAGUCUUAAAUUGUUCUAUUUUGUCCCUAACUGCCAUUUGAGUUGAUGUUGAUUAUGUAAGUGAUUAUGAUGAUCUAUGAAAAAUGCAUAGUAAUAUUUGUAUGGUAAAAGAAGGCUUUUAUUUCUAGAGCUGCAUGCCGAUGCCUCAUCAAAAUAUGCGAUAGUCAGGACAAGCUGGUGAAGUCCCUGUGUACAAGAUAUGUGUGAGUACAAGGAGAUGACUUAGUUUAUUUGGUUUCUUUAAAUUCUUACUGUUUGAGGACAACUUUAUAAAGCUUAAGAAAUAUACAGCUGACCAACAGUUUUUCAAAUUUUUUGGUAAAACCUUUUUUUUUUUACCAUGAACUUAAACAGUUGGCACUUUCGAUUUAUGACUUUUUAAAAUACUAUAAAUAUGUCACUGAAAUUUUUGUUUGUUUUUUUCAUUUUUUCCUAGAGGACUACGUCCCUUACUGAAGAGAUGGGAGGGUAAAGGCUUUGACAGAGAUCUACGUCAUAUUUCCUUCUUGUUGGAGUCUGGGUCAGCCUCUAAAGCCAAAUCUCAGGUAAGAGAAUGAAAAUUUUGUUUUAAAAAAAGCAUAAUAAAACUUGCUAGAGAGAAUGUAGCAUGAAAAACUUCUGUUAAAGUUGAAGAUUGUUGUUCAUAAUUUUUAUAUUAAAUCAAUAAAUUGUUUUCAAAUAUUCACGUUUUUUCUGUUCGGUUUUACAAUGUUGUUUCUUAAAAUCUAUUUUUAUAGCGUCAAGAUGAAUGUGCACGCUACAUUCAGGCUGUGUGGAAAGGCUAUUCAUCUAGACGGAAGCUACAGAGGGCAAACAAGGCCUUCUCAAAAUUUCAGAAGUCAUACAGGUAUAAGUUAUUUUCUAUUUUAAAUUUUUCCAGAGCUCUUUGUUGAUUUCAAAUCUGUUACUGUAGUGCAUUUACUUUCAAAUUAUUUUUGUUUACAUUUUAUUAAUGUUCGAAAUACAAUAUCUUUACUUCAUAGUUCAAAAAUAACUAAUUUUAGAUUACAGAAGUAAUAAGUCACCAGUAAGAAUUUUUAGAUUUAGUACAGGUAACUCUUUAUUUAAGAACCACUGGUGAUGAUUUUGUGCAUGUGAUACGUGGAGAAUGCAAAUACAAGAAUUUCAUUUCAACACUUUAUCUCACUCCAGGUUAAAGAAAGCCAAGGAGGAACAAGUAAAGCUCCAGACACAGUAUCAGUCAGAACUUUACUUCCAGAUGAAGUUGAGACGCCAGCAGCUGCUGCGCACGUUGGAUGAGAGGAGGUUAAAGACACUGGAGAUAUUACCAGCAUGUAAAAUAAUACUUAAUUCUAUUAAAUUUUUUAAAAAUGUAAAAGCAGUUGUUGGAUUUAGUGAACACCAUCCUCCAUUGAAGUGGUGUUUACUUCUUAAUAAGACCUGAGAACAAUCUGCUGUUGAGAGUAUUAUCUACUAUAAUUUGUACCAUACAAGCAUUGAUAUAUGAGGUUCACUUUUACACGGUCACAUCUUUACACCAUGAAAAUAUAUUUAAAAAAAAGAAUCUUAUCUUAUAUAUGGCUUCUCAUAUCAAAAAUGCAUUUAUUUCAGUGCUACGCCUGUAAUUAUUUUUCAUUAAGACCUUUAGGAAUCUGUCAGGAAGUAUAUUCCAGAUGAUUCACUAUUUGUCUGAUAAAAUAGGAAUGAUCUCUGGGCCACAAAAAUAAACUAUUCAAUGCAAAUGUCUUUCUUUUACCAAAGCUGAGAUGAGACCAACUCGACUGAACCUCAUCUGUACUUAUUUAUUUACAUAUCCAAGGACACCUGUUACUUGACUCUUUAACAUUAUGCAGUCUAACAACCCAGAUAAACAAAUAAAACAAAUGCUGCAAAUCUAUGAAUGUUAAGGGUGGCAUUGUACUUUAUUGAGUAGUUGCUCUGUAUGACAUCUUGCUUCUUGUAAAUGUUAUUCUAAUGGUCCACAGCUCAAAUAGAAAAUUACUUGAAAAAGGAGAAAUCAGUCGCAGCCACCCGUAUACAGACGUUAUGGAGAGGUCACAGAGAGAGGUCAAAGUUGACAGAGAGACAAAACAUAGCAAAGCAAGUUCAUGCAGCCAUCAUUAUACAGAGAGCUGUAAGACUUUAUUCUAAUAUUGAUUUAACUGUGUUAUUGUAAGUUUACUUCAAGGCAUUGCAAUUAUUGAAAUACUGACCUAGUUGGCUAUCCGGACAGUCCAGUCCACUAUAACAACACACCCCCCCCACCCCCCCAACCGAAAAAUUUACAAGUCCAGUAACAAUGGUGCUUGACAUUGUCUUUGAGACCUUCUGGAUAUGACAUAGUCUGAAGUUCUUGGAUGUCGAGGGUUAAUCUUCUUCUUAGAUGGACUUGGAGUUGCUGGAUGUGUAGACGGUUGAUGACUCAGGGCUGCCUGAGCUGUUGGGUAUAGACUUCCUGUCAUUAUAUUCAAACUUGGUUCUAAAUCUUCUUUUGCUCCCUACUUGGGGCGAAGGUAGUCUAAAUGUCUCUUCCAUAUGAGACCAUUAGGAUAAAUCUUCACCUUGAAAAGACGUGGACCCAUAACUUGGAUGAUUGUACCUGGAGCCCAUCGUGGUUUAGAGUCUGUUGUUCCAUAUAUUCUGACAUAACAUGGAUCUUCCCGGUUAAAUGAUUGACUAGGACUUCUAUUUAUCCCAUUACGGUCGGCUAUUUCUUUAAGAUGCUGUCCCUGUGCUUGAUUAGCAGGAGAGGGAACUAGAUUAUCAAUAAGGGGAAACCCUGCCUCAGCAUGUAUCUCAACUCCUCCCAAAACAUUAAGUUGGUCACCAGAUGCUGAGUCGUACUUAACAGAUACUGGGCUCAAUGUGGGUUGUUCCAGCUUUCGCUUAACAGAUUCAGACAUAAAAUUUUCUCUGGCUCCGGUGUCAAUUUCGAAUGCAAACCUCUUUCCUUCUAAAAUUAGUUCUUGAAUAAUGGGUGGGAUAGUUUUUAUUUGGUUUUGCCUUCUUAUUCUUUUGAGAUAAUUAAGUUUCUGUUUUGGAGCAUUCUCUUUCUUAUUAAGACAAACUCUUUCUAGAUGUCCUCUCUUGUGGCAAAAGUGGCAAAUCAUGUCUUUAUACUUGCAGACAUUUCCUUUAUGGCCUCUUACUCCACACCUGCCACAAGUUCCACUUGGAAAAUCGUGUCUUUGAGAUGGAGAAAAUUUCUCUGCUGUCUGAUGUUGCAUACUUCUUUUUGUCUGAACUUUAUUGAUAGGAGUUUCAUCAUGGACCGUUUCUUUGGCACAUUUUGCUGCUUCCUCUGUUUCAAUAGCUAUUAUUACUGCCUUGUUAAAUGAUAAUUCAUCCUAAACAAAAUUCUCAAUACAGCUUUGUUCUUUACAGAACACACAAAUCUAGUUCGUAAAGCUUAAUCUAGAGGAUUUUUUAAUAUUUUUAUAUUACCAAACUGACAAGUGGCUACAUCCUGUCUUAUUCUAGCUGCCAAUUCUUUGAUUGUCGCCCCUGGUUUCCUACUCAAAUCAGACCAAAGUUUGAAUCUUUCCCUGAUCACAAAUUUGGUCGGAUCAAAAUGAUCUAUCAUUACCCCAUAUACGUUUUUCAUGGUUAAAUCAUUUAAGUUUUGUGGUGGGUCUCUUUGUUGUACUAGCGUUGACAACAUUUUAUGGAGGUUUGGCUGUGUAGUAAUGAGGAAACAUUCACGGACUACUACUAGUAUGCCCGUUGCUAGUUUUAACAGUAGACUCUAACUCAUCCUGCUGAAUCAGCCUUUGAAUCAUGUCCGUUUGGGUCAAAUUUGACUACGCCAUUGUGUGUAUACCUCUCCAGUUACGUGAAGUCUCUGGUGUGUAUCAGUCUAACACUAGUCAAUUCUUGGUUGUACUGAGUUGUACUGGGUUGUAUUGAGCUAUACUGUUUUGCAGAUAAUGGCCACCAUUUGUUAUGUUUUCUAUGUUUUUAUUUCCAACAAUAAACAUUAACAUAAAUAUACAUAAAUACAAGUUCUCAAUAAUGUUGACUUUCUGCUAGCUUCCGGAACACACUGCUCACUAUAGUCUCUCUGCGCAUGGGCUCUGUUUAACCUAGUUGGCUAUCAGGGCGGUCUCGCCCGCUAGUCCACUAUAACAUUUGUAAACCCAUGGCUACGCUUUGGUAUUAAGAAAUACAAUAACCUCUGUGAAAUAUAUAAUUUAAUCUGGAUUUUUCAAAUUAUUAUAAUGUUCAAUUUGCAACCAAAAUUAAUUUGAUUUUUCUAACUUUUAAUGUUACAUAUCUGGUUUCUUUCUCCACCAUUUUUACACUUAAAAAAUGUUGUAAUAUAAAUAUUUCUGAUGUAUAUACAAUCGUUGACUAGGAAUAACUAAUUAUUUUAGUAAUUACAAAAUUUUAUGCCAUGAAUUAAAUUUCUUUUAGGUUUUUUUUUUUUUUUUUUAAGACAGUAAGAAUAGUUUUAAAUGUAUUAAUAAAGAAACUGAUCUUAAUGCUUAUGUCUACAAUCACAUCUUGCUAGGCAGUAUCAACGUGUUUCUUACUUUCAGUUCCGUAAAUGGCUUGAUUUUUUUGCCUUGAAUUAAUUUUUUUUUUGUUUUUUUUUUUUUUUUUUGAAGACAGUAAGAAUAGUUUUAAAUGUAUUAAUAAAGAAACUGAUCUUAAUGCUUAUGUCUACAAUCACAUCUUGCUAGGCAGUAUCAACGUGUUUCUUACUUUCAGUUCCGUAAAUGGCUUGAGAAGACGGCCCUGUCAGAGCAAGCGUUCCCCACAUACCUGAAACCCCAGGGUCUGACUGAUGCCAGACGAACUGAGCUCAUCCAGCAGAUUGGACAAUGGAAGGAGCAGCAUCCGGUGGGUUGGGAAUUUUUACUUCUUUAUUAUUGUAAGUAAUUUGUGAACAACUUAGGAUGGUAUUUCUGAGAGAUUUCUUUGUUCUUUUUAAAUGUUUUACAUGCCUUAUGAGAUGCUUAUUUAGAAGUUAAGUGAUGGUUUAAGAGCAAAAAAACUCAAGAAUCUUAUGAUUUGUAUGGAAAGCUAAAUGUUUUCCUUAUAUAGCAUUCUGGUGUGUAACUAUUUAAGUCUAAUUCCUUUAAAUUGGAAAAAUUAAUUGCUUCAAAUGUAAAAAGAGAGAAUAUCAAACGCACUUGAUAAAUAAAUUUAGAUCUUUAAAAAAUAUGUGCUGUUUUUUUCUGUUUAAAUUAGGGUAAUUUAAAAUUUUAGAUGUUUUAAAAUCUUUAUAUUUGCUGCUAAUUUAUCUUUAGACAAGAAUUGACUCGAGAGAAGAGCUUGAAGCAGUUCACAGGAGGGCCCAGGAGAUGUUAGCAAGGCACUAUCAGAGCAUACGACCUUACAGGAAGUUGGAGUAUCAAUGCGAAAACCUGAUGGCACGACUGGAUACGGAUAUGGAACUCAUUCAGUGUAAGUCUGGAAAAGUAAUUGGUUUAUUUAAGGAGGAAUAAAAUAUUUUUACAGUUCAUUUUAUGCAUUAUUACUAUGGUAAUAAAAAAAAAAUCCUUUUUGCAUAAAUUUAUCAGUGUGAACUUCUAUCUACAGUGGCACCAAACUUACAGGAGGUCACGCAGAAAGAUGUUGACAUGUACUCGAGUCGCUCUCUCCCCAUUGCCACAGUUGCCAAGCAACAGCACAACCAAACAUUGCUCAGGCUACAGCAGCCAUGGUGGAAAGUCCUGGGCAUGGAUGACCUUGAACCAAAUGAGGAGGAGAAGGAGAGGAUUAGAGCUGAGGUUCAUCUGGAAACUUUAGGGAUAUGAAAUGGCUCAUGUUUUAAUGUACAUAGUUUUGUUACAAAGUACUUACAUUUGUAUAGAUAUACAGUUCUCAUUUGCCGUUAUGCCAUUUUUCUAUUAAGAAUAGUACAAGAAUAUAAUAAAUAUAUCCACAUCUAUAAAUGGGAUUACAUUGUUGUAAGGAACAGUAGUUUUGAAAGGAGACAAUAUCCAUUGUUGGUUGCUACACACCACAUCCAUGUACAGCAUUAUGAUGUCUGAUGUGUAGAUAAGUUAAUGCACCACAUUCAUGAACAGCACAAUGGUGUCUGAUGUGUAGAUAAGUUAAUACACACCACAUCCAUGAACAGCACAAUGAUAUCUGAUGUACUACACACCAUAUCUGUUUACAGCAUAAUGAUGUCUGAUGUGUAGAUAUGUUAAUACACACCACAUUAAUGAACAGUACAAUGGUGUCUGAUGUGUAGAUAAAUUAAUACACUCCAUAUCCAUGAAUAUCACAAUGAUGUCUGAUGUUUAGAUAUGUUGGUAAACACCACAUCUGAGGUGCGGAGGAAGGAACCUAUAGUGACAUGACUUACAUGUAUUGUACCCCAUCUAUUUGUUAUCAUCUGCCUUUUUGCCAUUUAUAUUGAUGUUAAGCUAUUUCCCUUUUUUUUUUAAUACACCAUAUAACAGGUAUUUUUUGGCCAUGAAUAUUCCACUGAUUACUAUUAAAAUGUGAUACUUAGAAUUAAAGGUUCAACUUUGGAUGUUACUUAAAUGCCUUUCAUGAAAUAAAUGCGUACAUUUGUUAUAAAUAUGGCCAUCCUCCUCUGUGGAGAUCCGUCCAGUUACAGUUAUAUCAUUUUUGUAUUUCUUUAUUAAAAAAUCAUUUUUAUUUAUGAAAACCAAAUCUUUCGAUUAAAUAAUUUUUGGAGUGUGAUAGUGUGCUGGUAAAUGUCAUUUAAUAUUUUUCUUCUGGUUUUCA